AUGCAGGAGGCGGCAACCAUUACUACUUCGUCUCUUGUGGACACAUCUUCUGUAGAAAUUGCUGCGCAAAAGGCGCUGAACUUGCAAAGGCCGCCACUUGUUUGCUCUGAACAAGGUCCAAAUACACGUCGACAUCUUGCAGCCGCCUUUCAAACUAGCAGUGGAUCUGUGCCAUCGCCAAUAUGCUCCGCAAAUCGGCUUUUAACGACACCGGCAAUGCUUGGCCUCUCAAAGACUCCACACGCAUUCCACGCGCGCGAACUUGUCACUCCACGAUCAGCAGUGCCCUAUGAGAAGGUCGGACUCUCGAGUGGAAUGCGAAUCGUUGAAGAAAGAAGAGUGCUCACCGAUCGUCGUCCGAAAUCCAAGAAACAAAAUGGCUCGCGUGGACAAAACUCGGACGACUAUAUGGAUGGAAUCGGC